AUGUCUGAAGAGCAAUCAUACGCCUUCUUCGUGGAGGAGUGCAUGAAAACCAGAAAGGAAGCGGAACGAUUUCUCGAAUUUCGCGAUGCAGUCUCACCUGAUAACCCCAAAGCCCGCUUCCCGGGAUUCUAUCAGCGUGUGACACUGUUUAAAAAGGAACAGCAAGUCAAGCCAGGCGCCAGGCCCUUACCGAUUGAUAUCGUCAUGCACGAGAGCGUGCCGAUGAUUCUGUCGGACGGAGUCAAGAUCUAUUGCGACAUUUUCCUUCCAGCCAAGCUUCCACGGGAUCUAAAGAAACAGUUCGAGGAAAGAGAUAGGGUGCCUGCAUUGGUGGCGUGGAGUCCGUAUGGAAAGCAAAUGGGCACAACAAUGUUGGAUGACUUCCCAUUCCGUGCAGGUGUCCCAAAGAAGUGGCUAUCCGGGCUUGAAAAGUGGGAAGGUCCCGACCCUGCAUUUUGGUGCCCAGAAGGUUACGCUGUGAUCAACGUUGACACUCGGGGCGCAUUUACUUCGGAAGGCAAACUCCUCAUUUUGGGACACCAGGAAGCUCAGGAUGGCGCAGAAUUUGUCACCUGGAUAUCUGAACAAGCCUGGUGCAAUGGCAAGGUGGCUUUGACUGGAAACAGUUGGCUGGCUAUGGCUCAGUGGAAAAUAGGCAGCCUGAGGCCCAAAGGGCUUGCUGCACUGGCGCCGUGGGAGGGCCUUCAAGAUCACUAUCGUGAUGCCGUAUGCCAGGGAGGUAUUCCGUCGUCGAACUUCCACGAUUCCGUCGUUGAGCCAUUCGCAAGCUACAGUGAGCUCGAAGAUCUGUCUACUACGCUGAAGAAGACAGGCGGCCUGUGGAACCCCUACUGGGAAGACAAAAAGUCAAAUCCAGAUCAAAUCAACGUACCAAUUUACGUUGUUGCUUCCUGGACUAACCCAGUCCAUACACCUGGGACCUUUCGAGCUUUCAGAAUGAUUCCGGAUAGUACUCCCAAAUGGCUUCGGGUGAACAAUUCUCAAGAAUGGCCCGAUUACUACGCAGAUUCCAGUUGUCGUGAUCUGAAACGGUUCUUCGACCACUAUUUGAAGGGAUACACGGAAAAUGGCUGGCUGGAAACCCCAAAAGUUCGCCUCAGCAUCCUUAAUUUUGGGUUGUCUGGACUCGAUGACACGGUGAAUAGAGCCGAGCGGGAAUGGCCACUGGCUCGGACCCGAUAUGAAAGGCUUUAUUUGUCUUCCAAUGGCGUGAUGGGCCCUUUUACACCUCAGCAGGGAUCAUCUUUGGCGAAGUACAACUCGGCAAGUGGAAGAGUGACAUUCCGUUAUGUCAUUCCUGACGAAAUGGAAACGACUGGGCAUUUCACAGCGCGGCUCGUUGUGUCAUGCCCUUCUCACUCAGAUAUGGAUUUGUUCAUCCAAUAG